AUGUUGUCGUCUUCUUCAUCAGCCGCAGACCAAUCUCACCCCUCCAUUUCAUCGGAGAAGCCUCUCUCCUCAUCUAGAGAUGAAAGCGGAGGUGCACAAGAGAUCGUAGCCGUCGAUCGUCCAGGAGAGUACACGGCGUUGUGUAGAUGGACGGUUGAGAGCUUCACACGUGUCAAAGCUAAGGCACUGUGGAGCAAGUACUUCGAUGUAGGAGGAUACGAUUGUCGUCUCUUGGUUUAUCCUAGAGGUGAUUCUCAGGCUCUUCCUGGCUCCAUCAGCAUCUACCUUCAGAUCAUUGACCCUCGUGGAACCAGUUCAUCUCUGUGGGACUGUUUCGCUAGCUACCAACUCUCUAUCAUCAACCAUGUCGAUGAUUCUCUCACAAUCCGUAAGAAUUCUUGGCAUAGAUUCUCUAAUAAGAAGAGAUCUCAUGGAUGGUGCGAUUUCACUUUAAACUCUAGUGUUUUGGAUCCUAAGAUGGGGUUUUUGUUUAACAAUGAUUCCUUGCUUAUCACGGCUGAUAUUAUGAUUCUCAAUGAGUCUGUGAGCUUUAGUAUUGAUAAUAACAAUGAGUCCGUAGUUGGAUCAAUGACUGAUGUGUUGAGUGGAACUUUCACUUGGACGGUUGAAAAUUUUAGCAUGUUUAAGGAAAUGAUAAAGACACAGAAGAUAACGAGUCCUGUUUUCGUAGCUGGGGAGUGUUUUUUGAGGAUUGGUGUUUACCAGAGUGUGGUUAAUGCGCAAGAGUACUUCUCCAUGUGUUUGGACAGUACAGAUACCGAAAAGAGUGUUUUAUCGGACAAGAGCAGUUGGUGUUUAUUUAGCAUGUCAGCUUUGAAUCAGAAGCAUGGUUGCACUAACAUGAAUAAAGAGUCUUAUGGGAGGUUUGCUGCUGAUAAUAAGAGUGGGGACAAUACAGGAUUGGGAUGGAACGAUUACAUGAAGAUGUCUGACUUUGUGAACCCGGACGCGGGGUAUUUACUCGAUGACAAGGCUGUCUUUAGCACCUCAUUUGAUGUUAUCAAAGAGUUCAGUAGCUUUACUAAGAAUGGGACUGGAAAUGGAUACAUGGGAAAGUUCAGUUGGAGAAUUGAAAAUUUCACAAGCUUAGUUGAUCUUCUUGAGAAGAGGAAGAUAACCGGUCUUUACAUCAAAAGUAAGAGGUUUCAAAUUGGGAACCGGGAUUGUCGACUUAUUGUUUAUCCCCGAGGGCAGUCGCAGCCACCAAGCCAUCUUUCUAUAUUUCUUGAAGUGACAGAUUCACGAAGCUCUAGUAGUGAUUGGAGUUGUUUUGUUAGCCACCGACUAUCAGUUGUGAACCAGAGAUCAGAGGAGAAGUCGGUGACAAAGGAAUCUCAGAAUCGAUUCUCGAAAGCCGAAAAAGAUUGGGGUUGGCGUGAGUUUGUGACACUUACUAGUUUGUUUGAUCAGGACUCUGGAUUUCUUGUUCAAGACUCUGUUGUAUUCUCCGUUGAGGUUCUUAUGUUGAAAGAAACAUCUCUAACAAAAGACUACACGGAGGCAGAAUCUGCUAGUUCAGUUUCACAAAUUGAUAAAACCGUGAAAAGUUCAUUUACUUGGAAAGUGGAGAAUUUCUUGGCCUUCAAGGGAAUAAUGGAAAAACGAAAGAUAUUUAGCAAAUUCUUUCAAGCUGGUGGAUGUGAACUUCGGAUUGGUGUAUAUGAGUCCUUUGACACCAUAUGCAUAUAUUUAGAGAGUGGUCAAUCUGCGGGUAACGAUGUGGAUAAUAAUUUAUGGGUUAAGUACAAGAUGGGUAUUCUGAACCAAAAGAAUCCGGCCAAAAGUGUGUGGAAGGAGUCAUCUCUAUGUACCAAGACAUGGAAUAAUUCUGUUCUACUGUUUAUGAAGGUGUCUGAUAUGUUAGAGGCUGAUGCUGGGUUUCUUGUGCGUGACACUCUUGUGUUUGUGUGUGAAAUAUUGGAUUGUUGUCCUUGGUUUGAGUUUUCAGACCUAGAGGUCUUGGCUUCAGAUGAUGUUCAAGAUGCCUUGACCACGAAUCCUGAUGAAGUUAUUGGUUCUGAGAAAAGUGAGGAAGACACAUUCCGUCAGGUCAGUCCGUGA